ACCAUGCCGUCCCAGGCACAAGGAUAAAAGCAUCAGGCCCAAGUGCCAUCCAUUUUCCAUCUCCGGAGUCUUUCAUACACAAAUUGGGAUUCCUGGCUGCUGAAAAGUGUGGUCUAACAGUAAGAGAACAGAAAACCAUGCUAUCCCAUAACACCAUGGUGAAGCAGAAGAAAGAGCAAGCAUCAGCCAUCAUGAAGGAAAUCCAUGGAAAUGAUGUUGAUGGCCUCAACCUGGGGAAAAAAGUUAGCAUCCCCAGAGACAUCAUGCUGGAAGAGCUAUCCCAUCUCAGUAACCGUGGUGCCAGGCUGUUUAAAAUGCGCCAGAGAAGAUCUGACAAAUACACGUAUGAAAAUUUCCAGUACGAAUCUAAAGCACAAAUAAACCACAGUAUUGCAAUGCAGAAUGGGAAACUGGAUGGAAGCAAUUUAGAAGGUGGCUCAGGCCCACAGCAAGCCCCAACGACUCCUCCCAACACCCCAGAUCCACGAAGCCCCCCGAAUCCAGAGAACAUAGCACCAGGGUAUUCUGGACCAUUGAAGGAAAUUCCUCCUGAAAGAUUCAACACCACAGCUGUCCCUAAAUACUAUCAGUCUCCCUGGGAACAGGCCAUAAGCAGUGACCCAGAACUUUUAGAGGCUUUAUACCCGAAACUUUUCAUUCCUGAAGGAAAAGCAGAAUUGCCUGAUUACAGGAGCUUUAACAGAGUCGCCACCCCUUUUGGAGGCUUUGAAAAAGCAUCAAAAAUGGUUAAAUUCAAAGUUCCAGAUUUUGAGCUACUGCUGCUAACAGAUCCCAGGUUCAUGGCCUUUGCUAAUCCCCUUUCUAGCAGACGGUCCUUUAAUAGGACUCCUAAAGGAUGGAUAUCUGAGAAUAUUCCCAUAGUAAUAACAACCGAACCUACAGAGGAUACCACUGUGCCAGAAUCAGAAGACCUAUGA